GAUCUUCACCUUAUCCUCUUUCGCAUUUCUGCACAAAAUCCACCACCACACGCAAAAAAACGAAAAAGACAAAAACAAAAACUCUGCUUCGCCGCCGGCGAAACACUCGCCGGAAAACCCGAACAAGUAGCCGUGAGAUAUGGAAGCUGUGUUGAUGGCUCACGACCCCGAUGUGUUGAGAAAGAGCCUGACGUUAUCGUCGCGUUGCUUGUUGGGGAACCGCAAUCGUAUAUGGUAGAAACCCUAAGCAAAAGCGAUUUUACUUAGCAGAGUUUUCAAGUUAUUCCAUGCUUAAUUCCGCAAACCCGAGUCAAAUUACUUCUAUAUAAUAAUUCCCUUUACAAAACAAUUAAAGGGACUUCUCCAAUUUUGCCAGAACUGCAUUUGCUAUUAAUUAUUUUCAUUUCUCUCUUCUUUGUUUGAGGGGAUAAGAUUUGUGGUUUUAAGUCAAAGUACUACUGGAUUGAGAAAGAAAAAUAUAAAAAAAAAAAAAAAGUAGAAAAGCUGUGUUGUUCUGGUUAUGUGCAGAAUUUCCAGAGAUUGAAUUUUGCUUUUUAAGUUUGUUUUGUCUGCUGAUCCCCCAAUUUAAAAAUCCUAGCUCGGAGUUCAGAAAUCGAACUGUGAGGGAGUGUGAUUUUGGGUUGAAUCAAUCGUCGUCUACUCAUUUUCGUUAUCACUAUCACCAUUCAUCUUCUUGUUCAUCAUCAUCAUCAUCAUCAUGCCUUUUACAAUGAAGAUUCAGCCGAUUGAUUCUGACGUUUGUGAAGAGACGAGGAGGCUGGAGUUGGUGAAGCCGGUGGCCAAGUGGCGGUUGAAGCGCCUCUUCGAGCGCCAGUUCCCCGGCGUUCUGAGGAGCUCGUCGGCGGCGGCGGUGGCGGUCGAGAAGAUCGCCGGCGACGAUGCGCAUUUCGGCAAGGACGUAGCUGGUGCCGAUUUGGAACCGAACUCCGUGUGUCUGGCGAGAAUGGUGCAGAGUUUCAUGGAAGAUAAUCACGAUAAUAAGCACCCGGUUUCCGUUAAGUGUUCCCGUAACCGCUGUAACUGCUUCAACGGCAACUGCGACGACAACUCCGACGGUGAAUCGGACGCCGGUUUCGGAGAAACUAACCAGCCUCCCUCCGGCGAAGCUCUCGAAAUCCUCAAGGGUUUGGUGGCGUGUGGGAGCAAGAGCGAGAGGAAUCUGUUAGCGGACACAGCGAAGAUAGUUGAGAAGAACAAGAUAAUCUGUAAACGCAAAGACGGCGAUUGCAGAAAGCUCGUCACGGAGGCUUUGUUAGCUCUUGGCUACGAUGCUGCAAUCUGCAAAUCUCGCUGGGAGAAAACUCCUUUCUAUCCCGCUGGGGAAUACGAGUACAUUGAUGUGAUAAUUGGGAACGAGAGAGUGGUGGUUGACGUUGAUUUCAGAUCGGAGUUCGAGAUUGCUCGCCCGACCAAGGCGUACAAGGCGAUCCUUCAAACUGUUCCGUACAUAUUCGUUGGCAAGUGUGAGCGGUUGCAGAGUAUGGUGGCGAUUGUGUCGGAGGCGGCGAAGCAGAGCUUGAAGAAGAAGGGAAUGCCGGUUCCGCCGUGGAGGAAGGUCGAAUACGUCAGAGCGAAAUGGCUCUCCCCUCACACGCGAGUUUUUCCGCCUUCCUCCUCGCAAGGGAUCAAAAACAACGCGGAGGAAAACCAGGUUUUGGCCGGCGGCGCCGGCGAGUUUAAAGUGAGUCGUGGCGAGUCGGAUGAGUCUAAUAUUGUGAUCCAAUCCAAACCACCGGAGAUAAAGGCCAAGAGCUCGCUCUCUGCUUUGGCUGCUGUGUUAAAUGAAACCCCAUAAAAAUUUUGUAUUUUAUUUUUUUAUUUUUAUUUUUUUUGGAAGUCUUUAAUUCUCUGCAGCGAUUAGAUGAGGAUUAAAAAUCUUGUAUUGUAAAACUGUUAGGGAGCUCUAUCCCCUUCUGGUUUUUGUAUGUAAGGGAUGAUGAGUUUCAUUUACUACUAAUAAUAACAAUAUAAUAUGAAUAAAAAUGAUGAUGGACUGAAGAGGUAUUGUUAGAAAA